AUGUCCAUGAUGGAGCGGAAGGGAACCCAAAUUGAAAAUUGGCUUCACAGCAUGGCGGUCUACAUGCUCUGUGAUUUUCUGGAACUCGAUGAGGUUUAUCGCCUGAUGCAGGCCCGCGUCGAGCAGGGCCAUGAUAUGACCCCCGAGCUUUGGGAGCAUGUAUUGAAGAUGGCGAGCGAACACCGGCAUUAUGAUCUCACGUCCUAUAUUUGGCGACGGAGGGUCGAUCUUGGGUACCUGGAUCCGUCGUCUAAAAUUACCAGCCAUGUUUUGACCAUUGCGUCAGACGCCAGUGACAUCCAACUCGCUCAAGCUGCCUUUCGUUUCCUUGAUUCCAAAAAAUACAGUCUGGGAGCGAAGGAAUAUCGAAAUGUCUUGAAGAUUCAUUUGAAAUCUGGCGAUUUUCCCGCCGUCUUCAGCUUACUCUCUACAAUGCGCGAGGAAAGGAUAAUGAUCGAUAGCAUCACAACCAAAAUGGUGGUCGACCGUAUGGUUGAACAAAAUGUUGACAUUGUGGAGGCAUGGAAAACACUCAAGAAUCUCAAGGCAGACAAACGCGCGAUUCCCAUCCAAUCCGUGCGAUUAAUCCUCGAGGUAUGCGAACACGUUGUCAGGACUGACUCGACAGUGGCAAUCCACGCGCUCGACUUUUACAAAGAGUUGUAUACUUUAUGUCCGGCAGGAGCGAAUGUUGGAAUUUAUAACAUCCUGUUGCGAAUAUGUCGAAAGGCGGACCACCGGCCAGAGAGUGUUUUCCUGGUGAAAGAGAUGGCUUCUAUGAAUAUUCAGCCUGACUCCAACACCUUUGAGGCUCUCAUUCUACUUUGCCUGGAUGCCCGCAAUUACCGAUCUGCUUACAUGUACUGGCUUGAUUACCUUCGUCGGAACAAUGGGGUCGCCCUCCUCAGCAAACAGACUCGGAGGGAUAUCCUUAUCCUCUGCGCCAAGUCUGUAAACGAGUUUGCAGUACGGUUCCAAACCCACCCAAGCCUUGUUGCGAUCCAGGACAAGAUUAAGGAAAAGCGUGCUGCAGAAAAAAGAGAAGCCGUAGUGGCCCGCCGUAUAAGGAUCCAAUUUAACAACCGCUAUGGUCGUCGCUGGUACAAACCUGCAACUUACCGCCGACUUCUCCCAGAUGCAGAGCGCAUUGCGUGGAAUAAACUGCGGCGACAGAAUAAACGUCGCUAUGCGGCUAUUGCCCGGAAGCAGGCAGUGCAAAUUUCAGGAUCAGAUGGGUCUGUCUCAACAUCAUAUGAUGCAUGA